AUCCCAAGUUACCGAAUUUUCGAUUCGGCAGUUGAGUUGGUUGAGUUCACGUUGGCGCUAGCGCAGAGCCUUGUACUUGUACUUCAGCCCAUCACUGAUGCAUCACUGCCAUCACUACCUUUCGGUAACUUGGGGACUUGGGGACCUUCGAGACUCAAGUUUUGAUGGUUGCGAACAAGAUCAACACAAGUCAUCGCACCGACGACGCCCAUUCUAAGUAGAUCACGACGACGACGUACAACACAAUCAUGCCGGUGAACUGUGUAGCCCUCGGCUGUCGGAAUUAUUAUCGCCCGGGUUGUGGAAAUAGCUUUUUUCGCUUUCCGUGUAGUAAGCUUUACCCCGCGAGGCGGGCAGCCUGGAUUCGUGCCGUCAAGAGAGUUGACAAGUCCGACCCCUCCAAGAGCUGGAAGCCGGGUCGGCUGUCUAGGCUAUGUAGCGCCCAUUUUAUCACAGGGAAGCCGGCGUCAGAAAAGGCACACCCGGACUAUGUCCCUACAUUGUUCAACUACUCGCGUCCACGGCCGUCAGCCCUCGAUCGGUUCCAAAGCUGGUCCGCCAGAUCAUCAAGCCAAGAAUCCGGAGAUACUGCAAGCAGCUGCAGGGAUGGCGAAGAAUCUGCACCGCACGACUGCGUCGAGGAGCCACUUUCUUCAGUUGCCCCCGCCUUUUCACAAGGCAAGCCCCCUGUUACCCGGCCAUGGUCUUCACUUGAGCCGGAAGCAAAGCCUGAAGCUAAUCCUGAAGCCAAGCCCAAAGCCAAGCCAGGAGUGAGGCUAGAAGCGAGCCUACAAGCCAACCAUCCAGCAGUCGUCAUUCUCUUGGAUAAGGUGCCCUCCAACCUGCGAGAGGAGUGCCAGUCCUCUCUGGGCGCCUUUGUCGAGCUUCCUUCUUGCUCUCAUGUUCCUCUACCGACCCCUCCUACUAGGCGUCGACAGAGUCACAUAACUUUUGCCGCCUUGGCUAAUUUAGACCACCCCUAUGCUGCGAAGGGGGUUGUCGAGAACGUCAUCCUAGCCGAGGACAUACCUGAGCCCCCUGACAAAAAGAAGGACCCAAAAGACAUCCAGGAGGAGAACGACAGUCUCAAGCACAUCAACGAGGACCUCGAAGCUCGGCUCGAGCUCAUGGAGAAACUCCUUCAGGCACAAAAAUUCAAGACGGCUACCCUGCAGCAGACCAUCAUCAACAAGUCCUACCAGAAGGACCUGUCAGUCACUGCUUUGCUGGAAGAUGAGAAGUGUCUCAAGUUCUACACCGGCUUCAGCAGCAAGGACCGUUUCCGCAAGUUCUUGAAGUUCGUUAAGGGCCGAGCGAAAGGCCACGAGCCCUCCAGCGGCCGCACGGGCCGCCCGACCAGCCUGUCUAUCGGAGACCAGAUAGCCACGGUGCUCUGCCGUCUGCGGUUGGGAUUGCUUGAGGAAGACUUGGGGUUCCGGUUUGGAGUGAGUGCGUCGACGGUGAGCCGGUUACUUACCUUUUGGACUCCACUUCUCUGCGAGCUCUUGGAGGAGAUUGCAGUGUGGCCCAUUCCAGAGGCGGUCCUCGAGUCUUUGCCGGAAGCGCUGAAGACGCCGGUUGCCACGACAGAGGACAUCUCUCUUGAAUGCUCAGAGAUCUUGCUACAAGUUCCAGCAGAUUGGAACGUGCAGUGCGACGCAUACGAGCCGACGGUGAAGCGCCCGCGGAUUGCAACGGCACUGGUCGGGAUGGCGCAGAACGGUUACGUGUGUUUUGUUUCUGACCUGACACUGAGGUCGACAACAGACAGCGAUGGUGCGAAUUCCGGAACCGGCGGCUGUGAGCCCGGGAGGGCAGCCAUUGCUGCAGGCGGUGAUUUUGAAGCUGCAGACGAUCCUAAGAACAGUGGGGUACGGCCCAGGAAGCGCCGUUCGGCUUGGGAGGGACGCAUGUCGCAGGAAGACGAGGAGCACCAGACAAAGGUGUCUGGAAGCCUGAAGGUGCACAUCAACAGGGUGGUGCAUGAACUGAAGAGGUUCAAGAUCCUUAAGUGCAUGUCCAUGUCUGAGAAGUUGAACACGACUUGGAAACUGUGCUGCUACCUAACCAAUUUUACGCGUGACCCUGCUCAGGUCAAGUAGCAGCGACACAAAGCAUAGCCUUGUUUGCAAACUAUGCAUCUGUGAUAUCUAGGUGUGAGUGUUCCUCUCGUGCUAGUCUCACUUGCCUUUUACAGCGGGCGUGCCUUGCAAAUUUGUUAUGUCUGUGGUAUAUUCUGCUCUUUAUUCAUUUGAUGUUUUUCUUUCAUGUCAGGUGUCGUCAGCAUGCCACCAACAAAAAUAAGCUCUGUUGUAGUGGUGUCUGCCUGACAUGAAAGAAAAACAUCAAGUUCUUUUUUUUCUGGGUGGCAUGCUUCUUUGCUGAAGUGUGUUCUCACAGCACAAGACCAAAGGUAUGCUCACUUCAGCAUGCUAAAAACUUUUUUUGGUUUGACUUCAAAUUUAGAUUGUCCUCAACAAGUACAUGAACUUCCUACCAAAGCAAGAUUAUCUUGCAGGAAAUUCGCAAGCCUCCUACAAGAAUGUAAUUAUCUUACAGAACAUGAUCAGCAAGAUCCAAACUCAAUGAAAUAGCUGGUGUUAUCUUUCAGAUAACUAAUUUCUCAAACUAUAUAGUAUAUUUCCGUAUUUUCCGGGCUAUAGUCCGCACCAGGUGUAUAGUCUGCAAGGGCAAAUUUGGGGUAAAAAAUAAAAGUUUUUGUUUAGAUAGUUCCCACCCGGUGCAUAGUCUAUCUGGUGCUUAGCUGACAUAAAAAUCUUCUCAUACACAACAUACCUAAAGAAAUGUCUGUUUUUUUUAUCGCAAAGGAGCUUGUAUUAUACACAAAUCAUUAACAUACUUCUAUGUUCACAAAAUCCGUUGCGUCUCAUCAUAAUGAACGACCUUGAAAAACAACAUUCCUGCAUAGUCCGCACGGGUAGAUAGUCCGCAAAGCAUAAAAUUUCAACUUUUAAGCAUGUAUAGUCUGUGGACAAAUAUUUUUUUAUUAUUUAUUUGGUAUCUCUUUCUCUGAAGAUGCAGUGUACAUUCUGCAAUAAUUUUUAUUCAGUUCAUCACUCUGCUUCAAUAUAUAAUCCACCAUCUCACUUCCACAUAGAUAUUCUUAUGAAUUAAGUUAAUCAUGAAAAUAUCUUUGAUUAAAUAUUUUCAUUGCCAUCAAUUUUGUUUCAAAUUCUCCUUUCGCUAUUUUAUUUACUCUAUCUUGUCACGAUGCCUCACGUGUGACAAAAAUUGUAAUAAACUUCUCCAGUGCUUUCCUCAUGUUGUGUUCAUAGACAUAAGUUGUGACGAGUUUCCAAAUAAAGUGAUCGGCUGUUCAGGCA